AUGGAACUGGCUGAUAUGAACGAUCGUGAUUCUCAGCCCAAGAAAUUUGUCGCCUGGGCCUUAUUUGACCUGCGCAAGUUUCUCCCGCCAUCAUUCAAUGGUGCAGAACAUGCGCCAUCUAUACGACUAGGCAAAACACCCAUUGUUGUGAAGGAUGGUUUGGUCCGAAAUCUCGAGAACUACAAAUAA